AUGAACCCUUCAGUGAUGGGCGCGGAGGUCGACGCCAGCAUGGCGAACUUCGCGCGAAGGAUCGGGGACUUGUCGUUGCAGAGCGAGGCAAACAAGAGCAGAGUUGUUCAGUUAGGAGGGGUUGAGUUUCUUGUCAACCUGGUCCGCAAGGCUCUUGACGAUGCUGUUCUGGAAGGAGCUGCCAUCGCGCUCUCAAACCUCUCUCUCUCUGAGAGCGGGCGGCAAGUUGUGGCGGAGCAUGGUGCCAUUCAGGAACUCGUCCGCGCACUUCGGUCACCCGUGGGAGAUGGCCCUCUCGCAGCGAUUGCAGGAGCACUGAGAAACCUGGCGUGCGGGUCCGAGGAGAGGCUGCAGAUCCUCGAGCAUGGCGGCGUGGAGGAGCUGGUGAGUCUGUGCAAGCAAGACAAGGAUGUAUCGAUACAAGAGAAUGCAGCGGCAGCGAUUGCGAACUUGGCGGACGAGACGAGAUGCAGAGAACGAGUCGCCUCCUGUGGUGGGCUGGAAGCUCUCUGCAACCUUUGCAACACUUCUCAGGCCGAUGCUGUGCUCGCUUGCGCCGCCGCUGCCCUGGGCAACCUGGCGGACGAUGACGAGAAUCGAGUCGUUAUUGCCAAAGUCGGAGGCUUAGAGCCUUUAAUCCGCUUGUGCGCGAGCUCCGUCAACGACGCGGUGCUGGAGAGCUCAGCAGCGGCGAUAGCAAACCUUGCGUACAACGAGGCAAACAGGAAGAGAAUAGCUCAACUCACUGGCAUCGAACCUCUUGUCUGGCUCUGCGUACACUCGAAGAACGAAGCUGUGCUUGAGAGCGCUGCUGCCGCUCUCGGCAACCUGGCCUACUACAAUGAUCUCAAUCGCAUCCGAGUGGCUGACACGGGAGGACUGCAAGCCCUCCUCCUCCUCUGUGACACUACCAGCAACGAGGCCGUCCUCGAGGUCGAACCAUCCCCCUACACCAUAGUGCCGUCGGCGCUCUCCGCCAUGUUCUCUACAACAACGAUGGCAACAGAAAUAAGCUCGUGA